CCCUGUUUUACCGAGAUCCUCAUCCUUUCUGCAGCAUUGACCACCCCGACCACUCAAGCUCCCCCGGGACCUUGGUUAUUCUGAAACCCCGGCCCAGAACCCUUACGCGCGGGCGGGAGAUCUCCAGCUCUUGCGCUGUGCCCCCUGCAAGUUUCCACAAUUCCUCCUUCACCAGAUCGGAAUACCCGCCUGACCUCACUGUUUACCAACAGCCUGACCUCUUCAGGCGUACCUCCAUCGACCGGCAUUACCUACUCUGCUUCCUGCUUUAGUGCAAAUCGAUUGCAUUUUUGGAGACUUGGGUGAUCAAGAUGAAGAAGUUUCUUGGAAACAUCAAGAAGAAGAGUAACAGCCCAGAGCGAAGUGGAAGCUCGCAAAUCGUUCUACCGCAAGGCGACUCGCCAGAAGCCGUGGUCGUUCGUGAAGUGUCUGCAUUCUGUGAAUCAGGCGCACCUGGCUCCGAGACCGCCGGCGAAGAAUACCUCCAUCUACCAGCCAUCGUCGAUGCCGCAGAGUCAAGUCCAACUGCUGCGAAAGAAGCCGCUGCUACUUUGCGCCGAUACCUGUCGAAAGAGAACUAUACGCGAGGCUUCGCCCAAUACAAUGCUGUCAUGCUUGCCCGCAUCCUGACCGACAACCCUGGCCACGUCUUUACGCAGAAUUUCGACACCAAAUUCGUGCAUACAGUCAAGGAACUGCUUCGGGACGGGAAGGACACAAGCGUACAACAGAUCCUGAGAGAGACGUUGGACUACUUCGAGUUCGAGAAGGCGCCUGGCAAUGACACUCUGGGUCCAUUGAUGGAGAUGUGGAAGAAAGAGAAAGGCAAACGAAACACAAUCCGUCCUUCGGUAGGUUGGGCUUCUAUGGAAGCCGUUGGGCCUGAUCAUCUCACUGAUCCCCAACAGAAUUACCGUGUUCCUCCUCCUCCACCGUCCGGGCAAUACCAAUACCAGCAGCACGGGUCGGGUCGACGACGUGAAACCCUUCCACCUCCUGAGGAAUUAGUAUCGAGAAUCGAAGAGGCGAAAACAACUGCUCGACUUCUUGUUCAGACGGUCCAGUCCACUCCGCAGUCCGAGCUGUUGGCCAACGAUUUGGUGUCGGAGUUUGCAGAUCGGGCAAAAAAUGCGCAGAGGAGCAUUCAGAAUUUCAUGAAUUGCCAGAACCCAGCUCCCGAUCCAGAUACCAUGCUCACGUUGAUUGAGACGAAUGAUCAGCUGAAUAUUGCCAUGUCCAAACACCAGAGAACGGUCCUCCAAGCGCGAAAGUCCAAUGGAUUGGCGACGCCGAGCCCUCAACCCUCUGGAGAGCCUCCAGCUGAACAAAAUCAUUCACAAUUGCCACAGCACAAUCUAGGACAGAAUGUCUACAGCAGCAGCUCCCUCCACGACAACAGACCGUAUCCCACCUCACCUCCACGCCGACAAGACACGAUCCCAAGUCCAGUCAGCCCGCCACGAGAAGAGACGCCAGAACACUUUGCGCCACCACCAGGACCGCCUCCGGGAGCUCGUGGAGCAGUCAGAAAUCAAUCCCCUCCGAUGAACUACGACUACGCCGAUGCCUAUUCAGCACCCGAGCAGGCACCUCCAAUCCCACAACGAGUCCGUCCUCAGUCUCAAGCUUUUGCGUACGGAGUGCCCGAGAACCCUUUCACCGACGAUGCUGGGAACGGGCCAGACCAAAAGCAGUCGAAUGGGUUGAUUGACUUGAGCGAUGAGACGCCGCCUAGCCGAGCACAGCAAUCCAGUGGAAAUCAAUUCAUCAGUGAAUUGUCCAGCGAGCAGCACAGGCCAGGACCGUACAAUGCAAACUAUCAGCCAACGCAAAGCUAUAUGGCGCGGCAGGACUCUUCGGCCGCUCAUUUGACUAUGCAUGGUAGCAGUCCGCCUCCUAGUGCAAGCGAGCAGAGAGAACACAAUGGUCCGUACGGUAGUAAUCCUGUGAGCCCGGUCGACGGGUCGGAGAAUAUUGGACGACGGAUGAACGACAUGCGUAUUUGAGCACCAAGAUGCUAGGAUCAGUCAGCGUUGGAAAUUGUCUAUCAGAUACCCUCGUGUACUGUAUGUUCGGAUGAAUUGGAUUUGAUUUGAACUGUUGGACAAA